AAAAGAUAACCUAAGGCUAGCAGUCUUCAUGUCUACAGUCAAACUCAUUGCAUGUGUUCCAUCCAGAUGUAUUUUUGCAUAUUAUAAUAAUGGCAUCUCAAUAUAAGACUAUUCACCCGGUGAAAUACCUGCGAGAUUAUCUUGCACAAGACAUAAGACCCGAUGGCCGUGAAUUUCUUCGAUUCAGGCCUGCAAGCGUCAACAUAGGAGCUAUUACUCAGGCAGAUAGUUCAGCCAUAUUCAAGAUCGGCAGUACAACUGUUGUCUGUGGGAUCAAAGCUGAAUUGGCAGCUCCAAAAGCCGAUACUCCAAAUUGUGGAUAUUUAAUACCAAAUGUUGAACUCUCACCACUGUGUUCUCCAAAAUUUCGCCCUGGACCACCCAGCGAUCAGGCUCAAGUUGCUUCUAAAACGAUAGAUGACAUUUUAAUAAAUUCUGCAGCUGUGGACUUGACAGAUCUAUGCAUUUGCACUGAUAAACUAGUUUGGGUGCUUUAUUGCGAUCUAAUUUGCAUCGAUUAUGACGGAUCGGUUACAGAUGCAUGCCUUGGCGCACUUGUAGCUGCACUUAAAACUUUAACUUUACCAGAUGUCCAGUAUAAUCCUGAAACAGCGGCCAUAAUUGUAGACACAUCUGACAGAAAACCAUUUCCUCUCAAGACACUUCCUGUAUCUACCACGUUUGCAAUUUUUGAUGAACAGCUUCUACUUGCUGAUCCAACCGACGAAGAGGAAUCUCUGGCCAAAGGGAAGCUAUGUCUCGUGAAUGACGGGCCAGAAUUGUGUGGAUUUUACAAGCCUGGUGGAAUUCCAAUAUCUCAAGAACUAUUGUCAAAAAGUUUGGAGAAGUCUAAGAAGAGAGCAGAUCUUAUCAGAAAAGUUAUCGAGGCUGCAGUUAAAACCUAAGAAAGCACUAUAUCAAUAAUAACACAAACUGUACUUUGAAUCGAAUUAAUAAAAUAAAC